CACCUACUUUGCCUCCCACUGCAGCUACCACAGCAGCUUGCACUACAGCUUCUGCCAGAGUUCCUACUGCAAUUCGCAUUACGUCUCCCACCACAAGUACAACCACAGCUCCCACUACAUCUACCACAGCUCCCACUUCACCUUCCAUUGCAGUUCCGAUUACAGCUUGAAGCACAGCUCCCACUACAGUUCCUACAGCAUUUCCUUUCGGCUCCCAUUGCAGAUCCCAUUGCUGUUCAACCACAGGUCCUACAACAGCUCCCACUACAGCUCCGACGGCA